CCCAAGCUCGACGUAGGAAAUCAACCGACGAGGCGGCCCCCUCUCAACGUCGUCCCGAAGCGGCGACGCGUCGGCAGUCGUUUGCCGAUGCGCCACCGUCACGCCUCAACGUCGAAAGGAGACGUCCUUCGCCGCGUUGUGGGAGCUCAACGCUUAGAUGGGAGGAUAAUGUGCACGAUUCAAAGUGCAAACCCCUUCGCGCUCCGAAUCGAAACUGAAAAAAAAAACAAACAAACAAUCCAACAGCUAGGACAACCUAUGGACCAGAUCUGAGGAACCACCCUGGAGCCAACAACCUCUGGUGCGAAGCAAUCCCCCCACCAAUCAUUUGGCAGGCCGCUACGCGAAGGAACAGGAAGAGUCAAAGGAAGUUUAAGGAAGCAAUCCAAGGAAGUCAAUAGGAAGAAGAAGAAGCCACCAAGAGGAUGAAGAAAAGCCAAAACUAUAUGGGAUAUUUGUGACCGUACGUCAAACGUCGAUCGCUCGUCGAUAGUCACAAGUAGCCGCCGCUGGUCGAAAAAGCGGGAUGUCUCUCUCUCUCUCUCCGAUGUGCGUUCGCGAGUGUGUCUGUCCGUGUGUGUGUACGGGAGUUUAGAGACGCGGUGACUCGCCGAGGCCAGAGUUGCCCUGCGCGCGGGCGACUCAGCGGCGAGGAGGCGAAGCCGCGUCGAGCAGUGCCACAACGACGACAACGACGACCGAAGCGACAAGAGGAAGAGGAGGGAGCUCAAAAAAAGGGUACCGGUGGCGAUGCCUGCUCGACGAAGACGACGCGAUCCAAUGACCGGACGACGGCGACAAAAUCGCAUCGGUCGAGGAAAACGCCCAAUUCUUAGGGUAAUCGGAUAGAGCAGUAGAUUAGUGUUGAAGAGAAACAACUAACAGUGUUCGAUACAUCUCAGAAAGAAUAAUGAGCUAACCUGACAGGUCCGUGUCAACGAUAAGGCGCGGACCCUGCUGUAGAUGUAACUACAACACUUUUUGCCGUUAUUUUUUUUUUUUGCGACUCGGUGACUUUGUCUUUUAAACGUCGCGCGCUCGAAUGAAGCAACGUUGGCCACUCUGCGUCUUUCGGCCGACGCGCGCUGCUGCCAACUCCGAGGCGGCUAAAAAAACAUCAUCUUAUCGGAGAGAGUCGGACGCGCCGCUGCCACCGCGCCGAGUCUGGACUUUGGGCGCUACAUGUGUCAACGUGUUUGUGUACACUCGAGUGCACGCACACAGACAUAGACGUUGGACUUUGGAGACGCAGACUUGCACGUCAAACAUCCGCACCUGCGGCUCGCUCGCUUCAUAUACAGCUCGAGGAUCCUGGGAUUAACACACAGACAUAUACACGCAUACGAGUGUGAGAGACGCGCCGCCGCUGCUCGUAGCAGAAUAGACCUGCGCGCACUCGGCGCAGCUAUAUAGAUAAUAAGGAAUAGAGAAGAAAAAUCCAGCUGCUCCACGCGCAAAGCUCGAUAGCAUAUAUUAUAGACACAAAGUGCCAGACAGAUAUUAGAGAAGAGCUGCUGCUGCUGUGUGUGCGUCUAGUGUGUAUACUGCUAUAUACAUCUGCGCCGAUACAUUAUAAUAUUGCUCUCGUGUAUAGCCGCGACGGUAUACAUACAGUUUGUGCAUGUGUGUCUGGUGGUGCGUCAGCGCGUGCCUCGUAACGUAUAAUAAUAUACACAAUUGCCGCGCGCCCAUACGCGAGUGAGUGCGUGUGUCUGUGUAUGUAGUAUACUACUGCUCCAGAGACUCUCCUGUGUGCUGCUCGUGUGUGUGUGUGUGUGUGCGUGUGGUGUACAACAUUAGUCGAUACAUAUACGCAUCCUCUCGGACACUUUCUCGGCUCUCUCGCGCGCGCACAAGUGUAUAAUAGGCAGUGGUAGUUAAUAGUGAUCACCCGAAAUAACUCGGCUUCGGUGAAUCGAUCGAGCCGACGACCUCGCGGUUACGAUAAUAAUAUCGCGCUCGGCUGCACUGUCCGGGAUCGCGACAGCAGCCACCCCCCCGCGCGUCAGCCUGUUGCUCGACCAUUAGUGACCAGGAGCCUCUUAUACGCACACUCGGGGGCUCUCGAUAUAGUCUAGAAGCUGCUGUCUCUCGUUCUUCGUCUUGUUAUUGUUAUUCUACUUGCUAUUGUUGACAGCUUCGUUGUUGUCGUGUUUUACAUUGUUUAUUGCGGCCACCGUCGAGUUCGGUCGCCGCGAUACUCGUCGUCUGCGAGUUGUGAUCUAUCCUCGCUGAUCAGCGCCUCGUUGUUUUUCCUUUAUUUACAAUCGCAGCGUUCGUCAUGUCCAAGAACAAGCUGAAUCUGACCCUACCACCUGGUUCCAUCGAGCCAGCACCGCCGGUCUCGCCCUCGCCACCAGUUGCACCAGCAGCUUACAACGAGGCAGCUCCUGUCAUACCAGACGGCGUAAUGGGAAAAAUGAGCAUCGAUGCUAUUCAAGAGCGAUUAGAAGAACUUGGCAUGGACGAAGAACAGAGAAAAAGACUUGAAAGCUUCUUGGGUCAAAAAGAGAAGGUUGGCGAGUUGUGCGAUGAAGACUUUGAAAAACUUGGCGAACUUGGAGCUGGAAAUGGUGGUGUUGUCAUGAAAGUUAGGCAUAAAAAGUACGGACUCAUAAUGGCAAUGAAGCUUAUACACUUAGAAGUCAAACCUGCUAUCAAAAAACAAAUCAUCAGGGAGCUCAAAGUACUCCACGAAUGCAACUUUGCUCACAUUGUUGGUUUUUAUGGUGCUUUCUACAGUGAUGGAGAAAUUAGUAUUUGCAUGGAAUAUAUGGAUGGCGGAUCAUUGGAUCUUAUACUUAAAAAAGCUGGGCGAAUACCAGAACCAAUAUUAGGAACCAUCACAUCUGCGGUGCUCAAGGGUCUGAGCUAUCUGCGCGACAAGCACGCGAUAAUGCAUCGCGACGUCAAGCCCAGCAACAUACUCGUCAACAGCGCCGGCGAGAUCAAGAUCUGCGACUUCGGCGUCUCGGGACAGCUGAUCGACUCCAUGGCGAACUCGUUCGUCGGCACUCGCAGCUACAUGUCGCCCGAGCGUCUCCAAGGCACCCACUACUCCGUGCAGAGCGACAUUUGGUCUCUGGGCCUGUCGCUCGUCGAAAUGGCCAUCGGCAUGUAUCCGAUUCCGCCCCCGGACGAGAAGACGAUCAACGCGAUAUUCGGCAGGACAUCGGCGGCCGCGGCGGCGGCGGCGUCGCCCUCCGCGGGCAGCGAAGCCAGCGCGGCUGCGGCGGGCUCCAUGAAUUCCGUCAACAAUUCGACCGGUGCAACGUCUUCGGGGGUCGCGUCGGCGGGCCCAGCAAACAGCUCCGCUGCCCUGAUUAAUCCGUCUCCAGCGCACAGCUUCAAACGAUUAUCUCAGCUUCCAGACAGGAAACGCCCAUUUUCCCAAUUUCCAGUUGGAAAUCGAUUGUCUCAUAUUCCAGAUCCGAGUAGUCCACGGCCCAUGGCGAUAUUCGAGCUGCUGGAUUACAUUGUAAACGAGCCACCGCCAAAGCUGCCACCUGGAAUUUUCAGCGACUCCUUCACGGACUUUGUUAAUCGUUGCCUGAAAAAGAAUCCAACCGAACGAGCGGAUUUAAAAACUCUCAUGAAUCACGAAUGGAUCAAAAAAGCAGAAUCGGAAAACGUCGACAUCGCCGGCUGGGUGUGCAGAACAAUGGAGAUUCAGCCUACGACCCCGACGCGUUUGGCUAACGUACAAUCCUGAAUAAAUGUCACUCUUACAUACUUGACCACUUGUAUCCGCGUCCAAUACUCUUGAGUCGCAUUUUUUAACUCUUGUUCCUUUAAUUUGUCUCCAAGUACUUUUUCUUCCUACUUUACUCAACGCGUGUGUAGAGUUUGAUAUCGGUAACUAAUGUGCACGCUCCGCACAGUGGCGUACUUUUAAUUUUUUUUUUUUCUGUCUCUUUCUAGUGUUCUGUUGUUAUUUGUUUAUUCAGUUACGAUCGUCGAUUCCCACAACGGAUAUAUAAUUAUAUUGAAGCUUCGUAGAUGUUUAACUAUAUAUAAUAUAAAAUAUACGUAUGCUUGUAUUGAUGAUAAUAGUCAAUUUUAUUUAUGUGAUAACAAAGAUAGUUGCCCAUCGAAACGAUCGUAUCGAACACCGUGUCAUAUUGCUGUACAGAAUUUGUAUUUUCGCGCAACAAGAGUUUUAUGUGUUAAAUGUGUAAAUAGGAGCAUAAGCAUUUUUUUAAAAAUGCCAAGGGGUACGUGAAAUAUGAGGCUGUUAACUUAACUCUACCUUUUUUUCGUAUCUCGCCACUGAUGUUUUAACAAUUUGUUUUAUACUAUUUUUUCUUGUCAAAUUACAUCGUUUUAUUUAAAAGUAUGUAAGAACAAAUAAAAUAAUCAAGAAAGUUUGAUAAUAAUUUUCAACUGCUACUUGCUCAAAAUAUAUAUGACAUAUAUACUAUAAAAAAACGAGUUCUUCUGUAAUAGACAAGAAAAUAAAAAAGGAUAAAAAUAAUCUACUUGGAAUACUAACAGUAUAGCGUGAAAAAAAAAUACCUGAGUGAAUUAUAAAAGUAUAUAGCGAUAUAAUCUAUAAUAUUGAAUGUGUUGUGGCAUUAUAAAUGCAUUUAUGCGUUGAUUUUUGUGAGAUUUGUACCUGAAUGCUGUAUAUAUCUUUAUUAAAUCAAGCUUCUUCGAUCAAAAUUGAUCCAAUUUAUAAACAUUAUACACUUGAAUUUUAAUAAAGCAAACAUCUAAUACUUCA